AAUUCAACAACACAUCAGUUUCAUUUUGGAGUCUGAGUUUAGUGUAUCGCUGUCCUCUGCUUUGUGUGGAUUGCAUUAAGGCAUUCAUGAUGACGUCCCAUGACAAGGACGAAAAAAGAAAAGAAGAAAAAAGAGAGAGAGAAGCUUAUUUCAUUUAUGAUUUACAUGUGCACAGUGAAGCCAUAUGAAUUGAAAGGUUGGCAGUGACAACUGGUUGGCACACUUAUGCAUUUACCGACCGGUACUUAUAGUCUUUUGACUUCCAGUUGAAUUCACAGAAAUAUUCUCGGGAAUGAGUAACGGUCAGGAUGAAGGUAUACCGUCGUAUGUCUGUAUAUUGAUAUGGAUGAAGUGCGAGAAAAAGCACGGGACAUAAUUUCCAAGCUUCAAACGAAAUACGGAGUGCAGACAAAAACACUUGUUGGACCAGUGAAACGAUUUGUACAGGAGGAGGGAGGUGGCCAAUCCGAGGACUGGUACCUUGUAGAUGGAAAGUGCCACAAAUUCCGUCUCCCUAAAACGAUGUUAUUCCUUGGGAAGGAAGAAUGUGAUGUUGUAGUUAAGUGCUCCAGUGUAGACAAGCGGCAUGCAGUGAUAACCUAUGACCAUUACCUCAAUCGAUUCAAGAUCAAAGACCUCAGCACCAAACAUGGGACCUUUGUGAAUGAAAGCCGGAUUCCAGAACAGGAGUAUGUGACACUGAACCACAUGGAUUCUGUGCAGCUUGGGCAUGAUAACAUUAUGAUCUACCAAAUGGAGAAGGGUAGCAAAGCAGCUGAGAAUGAGAAAUUGCCUCCUGCCGAGAACAUGCCAGCCUGGGCAGUUCGCAGUGACUUGCACAUGGCUGAAUGCCAGGGAGCCCACUCCGGCUAUACCGUUACACAGUGUCGACCGGGCUGCAUCGCGGAGCAGAAAAUAACACACACUUGCUCACACAACCUUCCUAAUGAUAAGGAAUCAGACUUUGUGGACACACAUCACAGUUUCGCUAAAUGUGGACACGAUGAGAAGCUAAAUUUAUCGAACACUUGGCCGAGGAAGAAGAUCCGCCAGCAGCACGCUCACAUUGCAACAGUAUUCGCGGAGGAGCAGAAGUGUGUGGAGGAUCAGGAUCAGGAGACGUUCGCUCCUAAUAAUGGAUAUGAUUUCUCGGACGACCCUCACCGCCUGUCGUGCCAGCAUGCCAUGUACAGUGGUGAGGGCUACGAACCUGACACCAGCCAGGUACCCGCGUGCACAUGCUACGUGAACAACCACAGUGCGUCGGGCACUUUCUCAAGUUUCUCCGAUCAGACUGUGAGUGUUUCGGCACAGACCAAUGGAGUACCACUACCCAGAGUAUCGAAAAGCAUGGGUCCUAUGCAAAUUCUUCCACCAGAGCUUGCCACGGUGAAGAAAGGCACCCCUCUGUACGGCCAGCCUGAGUGGUGGGGAGAGGCAGAGCCGGACCCUGGAGGCAGCAGCAGCAGCAAGGACUCGGGACCUGACAGCAGUUCCCAUACAGAGGAGACAGGCAGUAAAAAUGCAGCGCCGCACUGCGAUCGUCCACAGUGCCUACCACUAGGCCAGGACGAGCAGGCGAAGAUGGAGAAGUACAGGACGGAUCCUAAGUACAGCACGACGUACAUGGAGAUCCCCCACAAGGACACUGCGCCGGAGAGGGACAAGGACACCCCCCCUCACAGCAUGUCCUCCUCCAUUUCGAAGGACAGCCUUUUUUCGGAUGCAAGCAAGUUGAACACGCCCGACACCCCGAGUGACAAGGUGGUCAGACAGGGUCCCGGAGGCGAGGAGCCGGGACAUGCCGAUACCACCGGCUUGGCAUUCACCGUCGACUUCGGGGACGACAAGAAACUCAACAUGUCGGGCAGUUUGAGUGAGUUUGUGCCUUCCAAGAUUCGGAAGAAUUUUCGUGAACGGAUGGAGAAGGUGUCAAAACCUCAGAACAGAGAUGGAGGAAAUCAUUCAAAAGUUGAAGAUGACAAUGAUCAUUCACCGAUGCAGCAGAAGAGAAUAGAGGACAUUUGGAGCUCGUCGGAGCACAAAGCUGCCAAGAAGAUGGGCCGGAAGAGUUGGCCGCCCCACACGCCGGGUACAACCGCGGCUAAGAGUGGAUCUCGACCCGGGGGAUCUCCGCAGUUGACAAACUCAACAAAGUGCAGCACGGUGGAGGAGGAGAAGAUCUCCAAACAUAAUCCCGCAGUGAAAAGUAAUUGUAGAACAACAAGAGUGAAGAAAUCUCCCAAUUCAAAAGUUGACAAGACACAAAAACCUACACAGACUGAGACAUCGUCUAUUGAUCCUGCCAAUUAUUCUGAUCCAGCAUCGUACUUGCUUGACAAAAUGUUCCAGAGCUCUACAACAUCCAGUGAGAAUGGACAUUACAAGAAGUCUUCGGAACUGACCGAACAUGACUUGUACCAAGAGUCUAAAAAAUAUGACAUCUACAGGCAGCCGUCGAUGGAUGACGACGUUGUGUCGGCACACAGCAUGAAACCAAAGAUGGGUGAGAAAUACAACAAUAAAUCUAGUCCAGAAGAAUGUAAUGAGAAGAUUGAAGAAAUAGAGGAAGACAAAGUAAGUGAAGCUGGGACGUACACCAUUGAGGCCGAUGUUGAUGACAUAGACGAAGAGAUUGCGAGGACAAACAUUGAUGAAAUAUUCGGUUUGUGUCUUGACAACGGCUCUCUCAACAGACCUGUGAUAACCACUGAGGAUGCGUUCGUUGUUGACCGUGAAGAGGUUAAACGGGAGACCAUUGUGACUGCAAGUUUUCGGACGCGAGGGGCCAGUUUGGAGGUGAAGGCUGGCAGUGCGGACACGUUGGAAGAUUUGGACACUGCAGACCAGUCUGAGGAAUUAGACAUGUCAGCCAUUUCUGCACAAGACAUCCCUAAGUGGGUCUCCCAGUGGGCAGCUCUAGCCAAUCAGAGAGCCUUGAAGAAAGCGCACAGUCUUGACAUUCCUCUUACAGAAGUGGCUCAAGAUGUUCAGAAGCAGAAGUCGUCAAAUGGUAUCAGUAGAAAGAGACCUGGAACUGGGCGGAGACUUCCUUCUAUUCCCUCGGACAAGAGUCCGUGUAACAGUGAAUACAGUUCACGCAUCAGUGAUUCUAGUCCCCAGUCCACCAAUGACUCAACGCCCAGAUACGAAAACUUGCCAGUCUCGUGGCAAGAUGAAAUGACAGGCAAAGCGAAAGUUGUCACAAUUUCUAGUCAAGUGGUCACACAUUGCGAAGAGACAUACAGUGACUCAACUGCAAGGCAGGUGUCUGAGUCCGAGUCAGCAGGUGACAGUUCUUUCAGAACCAGAUCUCCAUGUCUGGAUUCGUCGAGAACUUCAGGGAGCAUGGACACAGAAGUCUUGUUACAAGACACACAAACUGUUAUGGCGGCCAUGGAAGCGAGAAUGGCUUCUCGGUCUGCAAAAGAAGCUGUGAAUGGUUUUAACCACAGUGAUUCACAGGAUAAUUCUGACACUGAUAGCAAUGUGGCAAUGGUGAAUGGUGAUGAUGACUUUCUGAAGCCAUCAUAUUUUGAAAGUCCCAGACAAAAUAUAGCUAAAAAGCAAACACCUGUCAAAGGAAGUGUGAAAAAGUCUGCUUCUGCUAAGCCUCCUCUUGUUAAAACAUCUAGUGUUGUAAAGGAUAAUAUUAAUAGUGUCCGAAAAAAGGCACGAAGUCUUAGUCUUGAUCAUUCAGUUAUAUCGGAUAUUUUCAAUGAAUCCUUUGAGAUUACUGAUAUUGACAGUCAACGUUCAGACAUCAGUUCUGACAAUCUAACUAGCAGCACAACAAGAGGUGCUUCGAAAGGGAAAGGGACAAUCUCGAUGCAAAAACCUAACCGAGCUUUCCAGUUACGUCGUACCAAAGCAGAUGCAACUAUCGAUCCCCCUCGCUCCUCACGAUCUGAUGCAAGUUCCACGUCUGGGGUGACGACAUCACGUACAAGGGUCACUGCAAGCAGUGCUCAGAUCACCCAGAGGUCCACCAGUGCUGCAAGCACUGCCAGAACAACAUCCAGGUCUAAGUCAGGAAUGUCUGGAAAGAGUGAAGUCAGCUUGGGUGCUGAAAUUGUUAAGAAAAGUCAACAGAACAUUAAGUUUGUCAGGACGGACGGUGGUAGGCAUAGUCUCAGAUCGUUUAAGUCAAAUUCUGAGAAGACGUUAGUGCACAUUGACACUGGUCGGAAGGCAGAUCUGAAAGUUUUGAAAUCUCAGCUGAAGACAACUGUACAAGGUUCUCGAGGACUGGCUGUUACUGGUCAAGGGACGGGUCAGAAGGUACAGAGUCAGUCCCAGCCUGGUAGCAGGUCAAACUCUCCGAAGGCUGCCGAGAGAUUGGCAUGGAAACGCCGAAAGGAAUAUGACCCUCGGAAAGCUGUUGCUGAUGCAAAAGCUAAAGCAAAGGAAACUGUGCCAAUCAAACAUAAAUCUGUGACAUCCUUGAGCAGUUCGAGUAGUGCCUCGAAACAAAUGAUGACUCGGUCGUCGUCAUUCACCAACACUGCCGAACUUUCGGGCCGUGUUCGACACGACACCUAUCGCAAAGAUUCUACGUCUAGUACGGAAGAUUUGAACCACAUGAGCCAGGAGUUCUCAAACAAAUUUCAGAAGGAGACUCUUGCCAGAGCAUUCAUUCCAGUGCACAAGACAUUUCGAAGUGAUAGACUCUUUCACAGUGCGGACGAGGAUGAAUCUAGUCUGUCUUUUCAUUCCACACAGGAGCUAAGCCGGGGCAUGAUCAGCAGCCUUGAGUACAAAUCUGCAUUCACCACCCCCUCCCCCAAACAGAAGACCCCAUCACCUGACAAGUCACCCCCCUCGGCCUCCCUGUCAUCAAGGAGACACACGCUCAAUUCUUUCCUUUAUCAGGACCACAAUUCACUGCACAAUCAUGUAGAAAAUGGCCUGGACAGUUGUCAGUCCUAUGAUACUCUAAUUAUUUCGUCCAUCUACCAGUUGUCACUGAAGCUGAAAACUGCAAAUGACAGAACUAUAAACAAGCUGAGGGAAAACGAUCGGGUCAGUGUUACCCCGUCACCUAUUGAUGAUUUCCUUGGUCAAACAGCUACCAGUGAAAUCCCGGCAUACAAAUCAGCCAAUCAAGAGUUAGCUGGCAUCUUGAAAAAUCUACGUAAACUGGAACACCACCAAAAAAUAAUUGACAGAGCUCUGUUUCCUGACGAAGACACGUCCACGGAUGUGUCGGGAAUUUCCCACAAGGAAAAGCAGAAGUACUUUCAGGCCAUAGAGCGGAUCAACAGUGAGCUCACCGGUUUCCAGUCCAUUGAAUCCGACGGCAUCUGGAAACACAGCAACAGCAGUGAAGUGACCACACCCGACAUGACAGAAAUCACUGAAGACGAAUAUUACUGAAUGAAAAAUAAUACUCAUUUUCGAAAACGAAGGACAUUAAACAAAAUAGAAUUAAGUUUUAUAGAAAACUAAUUCUAAAUAAAGAACCAGCUAGCUAAAUGGCAUACACAUUUCUUUUGAAAUUAUAUUUCGUAAGCUAAUAGGUAUUGUGUAUGGUAAAUGUGUAUGCUUAGAAAUAUUGUUAACUAGUAGACAAUAAUAUACCAUCUACCUAAUUCACCUAAUUCCUGUGCUAAAUAUUUGAUGUUGCUUAAUGUAUAUGGUUUGAUGUUGUGGCCGGAGAAUAGUUUUUGACUUGUGCUUGUAGAAAUCAGAAAGUGUAUAAAAAGCAAAGAGUGGUAUUCCAUGGACUAUUUCAUGGAAUUCUAUAGCAGGGAUAGAUGAAAGAUCAAAGUGUUAGAAAACUUGUCUUAGUGUGAAUUUUAAAUAUGGUACACUUUUCUUUGAGAAAAAUGUUACUUUAUGACACUGAUUGUCACUGAUUGUUAUUAACAGUUGCAUUAUAGUUAUGACAUUGACAAGUGGCUAUUUAUUAUAGUGUCCAUAUCUGCGAUGUUUGCUUAUACUUACAGCAUCAUCUGAGUUUACUUCCAUUGCACUGCUAUGAGAAGCAUAAUAAUCGUAAUCAUCAUGUUAUUGAUACCUAUACUAAAUGUUCAUUACAACUUAUUGUUUAAUUUGUUGUUGAAUUGUGUUUAAUAUUCAACAUUCACUGCUUGAUGUUGCCAACAUUGUUACUGUAACCUACAGGGGUGGGAAUUCUCCUCUGAUCAGCUGUUUUCCUCCCAUGGAACAUUGCGUUUCCUCGCAUUUUAAUCGUCCUUUCCUCCAAAAUGUGUCAGAUGGCACAGAUGUUAACCUAGGAUUUCAAGAAUUUCCAGGACCCCUCAAGAUAUCCUCUUUUUUACAGUUCACCAAUUCCCAUCCCUGAACCUACUUAAAAUACCCCCCCUUCUCAAAAGUGAAUUUGACAUAAAUGUCUGUUACAUAAAAACCAAAAUCUUUUUAAAUCAACACUACUGAAUUUAACACAUUAGAAGCCUGUCACUUUAUAACAAACUGGAACAUGUUCAAGUUAACUUCUGUGUACAUGUAUUAAUCCUAUGUUUGUGCUUAUUGGUUAAUUGUUAUGUUUUGUUGACUAUUCAGCUAGAAAACAAUCUUAUCUGUACUUCACAUUUCAUGAAAAGCUACUACAUGAUAACUAUAUUACAAUGUACAGUUAUAGAGCAAAGCUUUUUUUUUUCUUUUUUUUUUACAGAAGCAUUACUUCGUUGUCAUAAAGUUGUUAAAUUAUCAGGGCUAAUUAUUACAACACCUUAAAAUGGUAUGUCAGAGAUAUGGAGCUAAUUGGGGUGGAAAAAAAAUCUUUGUAACCAUUUUUGUUUUUAAUGUUUAAAAUACUUUAAGGAAGACCACCUUUCAAAAUGCUGGUUUCAUGUUUUUCUUUUCUAAAUUCUUCAGCUGUGAUACCCUUUAAUAUGGCAAUAUUUGUUUCUUGGUAGUACACACAGAGAUAUUAUGUUAAAAUGUUAAUCCAAAUGAUCACUGAUGUUGAUGUAUAAUUGUGCUUGGUGCCAAUAGUCAUAUUUUUAUAUGUAAUAAACAAAACCUAUAAAAAGGACAGUUUGGUCUCUAUAUUUGUGAUCUACCAAAACAUGUGGUAUACCUAGUUAUACAUUUUUCCUUUUCUCUCUAUUAUUUGUCAGAAGUUUAUGCAGUUACCAACUUCAGUGCACAUAGAUAUGAAAGGGGAGGGUGGAGUUUUUAUUUGUGUUUUGCUUUGGUUUACUUAAUUAACUAUGCAUAAAGUAAAUUGCAUCAUUGCUGUCACACCUUGAUCAUCUUUUUUAUUUGUCAAUGACAGUGGAUAGAAUAUAAUGUUACAUUUAUACCCAAUUAACCUGAUUAUUAUAUGACACACAAACUUGUGAUUGUUAAAAAUAUAAUUAUUAAAAGCUAUGUUCAUUUUGGCAUUAUGGUGGUUGUAUGACAAUACAUUUUGUAAAUGGUGCUUCUCAAGACAAAUCGUUGCUAGUGCACAUGUGAGUUACCCUGUCAAUAAUAUUGUCCUACCAGGUUGGUGCAAUUCCUUGUAGAUUACCAACGAUCUUUCUAACUUCAUUUCUAUUCUGUGAUAGAUUGUACCUAAACAAUUUGCAUUAUAUUCUACUAUAUGUAGCUAGACAUUAAUAUGGCAAAUAGAGAAAAUACAUUAGAGGCUUCAUAGAGAAUUUACAUUGUCUUCACCGUUAUUGAUUGUGUUUUAAAUAACUAAACUCAUUUGUGAAAGGAAGUGCCAUAUUUGUCCCACCAAAAAUACACCAAUUGUAAAUGAUCCCUAUAGGCUGUUAUAACUUGAAAUGAUGUGGUUUCAAUAUAAAGUGUUAACAAGUAAUACUAUAGAGCAAAGCAAUAUGAUUUGAAAAUUUACCAAUAGUCGGGCAAUAUAUAACAACUGUAUCAUACAUCUGUUUGAUGUAAUUUAUAUGGUAUGUAAUAUUUUGGUUAAUAUCGCUUUAAAAUUUGUAUUUAAAAGAAACAAGAAUUUUAGGGUUAUAAUACAUAAAAGAAAAUGUUAUUACGGAUGAUAAAAUGUAAAAUUCCUGACAUUAAACAAAAGCCUUUGCAAAGUGAUGGCUAAAUAUUUUCUGAAACUCAGACUGACAUAUGAUCUUUACUGUUGCAGGGGAUAUUAAAAUAAACAUUCUUGAUGUGGUGAUAAAAGUUAUGUCAACGUGUAGGAGUUAGGUAAUAUUGUCUGCUAAUGUAAGUAGAUGAGGUUUUUUCAAUGCUUUAUUGAUAUUAAAUGUGGUGAACUAUUUUUGUUUUGUUAUGGAUAAAAAUUACACGUAUGUGCAUAUUUGUUAAGUCCUUCUCCAUUGUAUAUUUUGUAAACAGUUUUAUUAAGUUUCAAAUCAAAUGUAAAUUAACAAAUUUUAAAAGAAAACACAUCAGAAUUUUUUUUCUUUUCACAUCAAAUAAAUCUCACCAUAACACUUGGGUAAAACAUUUUCAGAUGCUAUAUUAAAUUUAAAUUAAAAACCAGUAGAAAAAAUACAUUUAAAAAUAAAUUAAUAUAAACAACAUCCAAGUAUGGGUAAGUUAUAAUAAAUUCUAUGAAUAGUGACUUUUUAAAAUCUUUCAGUUUAGUUCGAAUCGAGAUCCAUUCAAAGCUGGAGUCCAUUCUCUGUCUUAAAAAAGCAUUUAAUUGACUUCCAGACAAUCAAAUAGCGUUCGGGUCAUUUAAAGUAUUAGACAUUUAAAAUGUUUGUGAAAAUUGUCGAUUCAUGUUUUCUUUGGUUUGUUUACUUGUUUUGCCAACGUACAGCAGUAGGUGAAGGACAUUACUGCUUCAGGCGUGGGUUUGUUUUUUGUUGUAUUUUUUCCAUUCCAGUUUUGGCUCAAAGCUUGUUUUCCCGUGAUGUGUUAUGUCUUGUAAGAUCUGGAAGAUUUGUAAUGUUAGAGCAGUGCAAAAAACCCACUGUACUACACUUGUACAUUUUGUACUUUUGCAUACAUUGUCAGAAGGAAGAAGCAACCCUAAUUUAUUAAAAUCUGUUAAAGCUAAA